AUGAAGACGCUCUUAGUGUGUGCGCUAUUGUUGUGUGUAUCAAUGGCGGUUGGAGAAAUGAACUCGUCCAUUCCAUCAGAAGAGAAGCCAUCAAAGGAGAACAAGGAAAAACUGGUCAUCACUAGAAUACCAGAGCUACCAGCAAGUAUUACUAAGCCUGGGAUGCUGGGCAAUGGUGUCUGGUUGAUACUGUACUAUACACCAUGGUGUGCGUACAGCCAAGAUGCCCUACCCCACUUUGUGGCAGCUGUACAAUACAUAGUGGACCACAACAUCACCGAACUAUCCAUAGGGAAACUUGACGUCUCUAAACAACCAGGACUAGGGCAGCAGCUGAACAUACGGACUACACCCACCAUAGCACUUUAUCGCCAGGGAUAUAGACAUAACUAUGACGGUGACGUGGGUAGUCCAUACCUAAUAAGCUGGGUGGUUAGGAUUGCAACUGCCAAUGUGACUCUCGUAGAGUCUAGAGAGGAACUGGAGGCACUAAAGAACAACCAUGACGUAUUGUUCAUGCUGGUACAUGAUAGCAAAGUGGAUAGUGAUUGGCACAAGACCUACUCCAAGGUGAGUAGACAGCUGGCUCUGAGAGGCACUUUCCUGUACAUGCUGGAUCCAGAGAUACUUGAUUCCCCUCCUUCUAAACUACCAGCUCUAUUAGUCCUCAAGGAUGGAGUGACACAGCGUUAUGGUGGAGCACUGGCAAGUCAUACACUGUACAAGUGGAUACUGAGUGAGAGACACUCUGCACUACCCACUGCCGCACUGGAUAAUCUGACACACUUCAUUGUCCACUCUGAUCCCAAGAGACUUGUGUUCCUAGCUGUUGACAAAGAUGUCUCCAGUAGGAGGGUGGCUCAGAGGAAAGCUGUUGAGGCUGUCAAGAAAUUGGCGGCCAGUAGAAAGUUUCACAGUUCCUACCAGUUUGUGUUGACUGAGGGACUGGAAGUAGUUGAGCGUCUUAUGAGAAGAGCAGUGGACGGGUACCCUCAACUGAUGGUCUACAAUGUACGCACGGCCUACUACACACCGUAUUGUCAUGGUGACAAAGGUUUCACUGAGUCAGCAAUAAUGGAAUUCAUUAAUCUUGUAGAGAACUCCAAGCUUCCGUUAGAAGGUGGUCCAACGCUUUUAGAAAGAGUGCAACACUUUUACAAACUGGUGUAUUCAAUGAUACGGGGCACACUCACGCACCAUCCAUACAUCGGAGCUGCUGCUGGGUUUUCAUUAAUGGGUGUGGUCGUAUUCUACAUUGUGUUGGCUUGUCAGAGUUUUACUAAACGUACCAAAGUGCCACGCCCAUCUCGUGUACGAGCACGGGCAAUCGCUAAUCACCAUGACAAUGCUACACUGCGGCACCGAACAAACCAUCACCAUAGCAACAGUGACAACCAAUCAGAAUCAUCAGAAGAGGAGGAACAUUUAAAAGACAAAUAGCAAUAAGUGCUUAUUGUUAGGAGUCAAUUAUUUUGCUGACCAUGAAUUUUUAUCGUGAUUGAGAAA